AUGAGACCCGUGGUUUCAAGAUACGGCGGCAUCGGAUUGGCCUCCAACUUUGAUUUCAGAUACAAACUAGUCAUCAUCGAUGCCGACCAUUCCAACAGUGUCGACUAUGCUAUCUCGCUGGUCAAGUUGUCCCUUCUCCUGAGAACUGAGGAUUCGACUAUUUUGCGCAUCGUCUGGUCAUCAUCUGCCCCCGUUGACAAAGAGUUAGGCAGGAUGCUCGCCGUUUCAACCAAUAAAUCGGAUAUUCCCAUUACGAUUUUUCUAUUGACGCAGCCGGCGAAUUUGCCGAGUCUGUCAAAUUUGAGAUGGAUUUCAUACGACGCAACCGAUGAAGAGUUCCCAGGCGCUGGGAUUGAGGCUAUUGCUCCAAACUAUGCAAUGAUUCGGGACCUGGGACCGUCGGUGCACAGGACGAGGAGAACAGUGUUCUUCCGUGACGAAGGAUCCGAAUUGUAUCGGCAUCUUCUAAUCAAAAGGGUUCAAGUGGCCAUUCAUAAGCACAUGGUCGAAGAGGACCUAGCCGAGGAGAGGGGAUCGAUCCGACUCCCCGAUUUGUCGGGAAGAUCGUCAGACGUUGCCAAGGACGCGCAUCAUUUGGUUCUUCUCAGGAAUGAGACAAACUAUGUUUUUGACAAGGAGACUUCCGCCGCUGUCGAGAGCCAGGAUGCUGGUCCAAAUCGAGCUCAACCGUCUUCGGGAUUGUGUCCAAACGAGUCGGCGUUCGCUGAGGCUAUUCGGCGGCUUUAUGUUCUUGUGUACAUCUGCUACGAUGAGGACGAAGUCAAGAUGCAUCUCAAUAAAGAUCAGACAGGAAAGAUCAUUCGCCCCCAGCAGAUCACGAGGAAUGAUUUGUCAGUGGCCUACUUUCUGAGCUGCAUCACGGCGGAUACCCCCGCCACGGUGCGGUCCGCAAAGAUUGAAAUUGCGGCCAUUGUACUCGUGUCCCAAAGUUCGGAUAUUUUCGUCCAGAUUAUAUCUAAGUCUUUUGAUGACGAAGAGUCCUUCAAUGGCCUUUUCCAGCGUCAUUCCACACAUGUGCCGAACGAUGUCAUCCAGAGUGGCGCUAUGUGGUUGUCUUUGGCAAUGUUGCGCUACUACAGAGAGGGGUGGCAACAUCCCAUGAGUAUCAUCUCAUAUGAGUAUGGGAAUCUGAAACUUUCAUCUACCACAUUCUGCGAGAUCAAUCUCGAUUCAGAGGCAAUCGCGAAGGUGUUGGACGAAUUGGUUCCGGAGGCAAAUGGUAAUGCACCGGGAGCGACCCUCUAUCUUUCCCACGGCGACGUGGGGCAGAUUCAGAGAUUCAUGGUUCGUGCUUGGGCACACAACGUCGCUCUCUACGACGGUGAAGACGGUACGGAUAGUAACAUCAUCUUUUCAGGGGCUCGAUCGAGCCAGCUAGGCGCCAGGGUUUGGUGCUUCCUCGAUAUGCGCCACUACUCUGCUUUGGGUUUCUCUUUGUUUGCUCCACGUACCUGGGAUAGCUCCCGACAGCCAUCCCGGAACAAGUUAUGUUCGAUACUUUUGUCGGUUUUGGAAGGUGAUGAGGAUUAUUGGGAAGGCCGGCCGGAGGACGAGGAGUACCAAGGUGACCAAGCCUAA